AAAAGUGAAGCGUUGUGAAUACUUUCCGGAUGCACUGUACACCAUGCUAUCGUUCAGGCAGAAUUAUUCUUUCAACCACUAAAAAUAGCUUCACUAAUAAUCUUCCAGAUCUAUCUCAUACACAGUAAGCCCCAAAGUCUAGAAGAACUUGAUGAAAUAACAGAAAAUAUAAAUACAUUCAUCUCUUGCAUUCUUGAUAGUGUCGCCUACCUUUGAUUACAGAAAAUUAAAGAAAAAAGCCCUGCACCAUGGUACAAUGAUCACAAUCAUGCUCUCAAGGGAGCAUGGAAAAUGGAGCGCAAGUGGAAGAAUAAUAAAUUAAAGGUAUUUCGUGGUGCUUGGAAGGAUUGUGUCUGUAGCUACAGACAGGCACUAAAAGCUGCCAGGUCAGCAUAUUUGAGCAAACUCAUAGAAAAUAACCACAACAAUCCUAGGAGUUUCAGUACUGUGGAUAAAUCGGUUAAGAAUAAAGCCUUGACUUAACCAGAUAUUCCAUCGCAGCACAAUAGUAAACUCCUCGCUAUCCUUAGGACAUGUCUCAAGAAACUUUAAAAUGGCAGUUAUUAAACCACUUGUUAAGAAGCCACAACUUGGUCCUGGAGAAUUGGCUAAUUAUAGACUGAUUUCAAAUCUCCCGUUUAUGUCGAAAAUACUAGAAAAGGUAGUGUCCUCCCAACUAUGUUAAUUUCUACAGAGAAAUAGUAUAUAUGAACAAUUUCAGUCAGGAUUUAGGCCCCACCACAGUACAGACUUCACUUAUCAGAGUUACAAAUGACUUGCUCCUAUCAUCUGAUCAUGGCUUACUGAGCAAACAGGUUUGUGGAUAAUGCUGUCUAUAGGGGACUGCAUUAUAUCCUGCAACACCUCGACAGACCUGGGACUUAUGCAAGGAUCCUAUUUGUGGACUUCAGUUCAGCCUUCAAUACCAUCAUGCCUCAUCUUCUUUUAACCAAACUGACCCAGCUCUCUGUGCCCACCCCAAUCUGUUAAUGGAUCACCAGCUUUCUGACAGAUAGGCAGCAGCUAGCUAGACUUGAGAAACUCACAUCUGGGACCCUCACUAUUAGCACUGGUGCUCCUCAGGGAUGCAUUCUCUCUCCACUGCUCUUCUCCCUGUACACGAAUGACUGAACUGCAAAGGUUCCCUCUGUCAAGCUCCUGAAGUUUGCAGAUAACACCACAAUCAUUAGCCUCAUCCACGACGGUAACGAGUCUGGAUACAGAAGGGAGGUUGAACAGCUGGCUGUCUGGUGCGGUCACAACAACCUUGAGCUGAACAUGCACAAAACAGUGGACAUGAUAGUGGACUUAAGGAGAAUACCCCCCCAUCCUGAACAGCACUGUGGAGUCAUUCAGGUUCCUGUGCUCUACCAUCUCUUAGGACCUGAAGUGGGACACCCAAAUAGAGUCCAUUGUGAAGGCUCAGCAGAGGUUGUACUUCCUUCGCCAGCUGAGGAAUUUCAACCUGCCACAGGAGCUGCUGACACAGUUGUACUAAGCUGUCAUUGAAUCUGUCCUGUGUACAUCUAUAACUCUCUGGUUUGGUUCAGCCACCAAAUCAGACAGAAGGAAACUGUGACAGACAGUCAGGACGGCUGAGAGGAUUAUUGAGUUAGCUUCCUUCGGGAUGUUCAACCCCUCUCGCUCAGUCCGCUUUUCAACUAUUUCGACGCGUCAACACUCCAGUCCAGCAGGAGGCGGAAAUUCACCAGAAGUUGCAGAAAACACAAGAAGAAGAAGAAGACCUGAGAUCUACUACACCAUUUGAGAGUUAAAAUCGAUGUUCAUCAUGAGAGAGCAGGUGGGUGUGAUUCACACUGGAGAACAGCAGAUGCUGCAGACACCAGUGAAGAUUGAAGUGAAGCAGGAGGAGAUAAAACAAGAAAACACAACAGAGGAACAACAGAGUGAUGAAGAUGAUGAUGAACAGCAGAUGCUGCAGAUACCAGUGAAGAUUGAAGUGAAGCAGGAGGAGAUAAAACAAGAAAACACAACAGAGGAACAACAGAGUGAUGAAGAUGAUGAUGAACAGCAGAUGCUGCAGAUACCAGUGAAGAUUGAAGUGAAGCAGGAGGAGAUAAAAGAAGAAAACAGAACAGAGGAACAACAGAGUGAUGAAGAUGAUGAUGAACAGCAGAUGCUGCAGAUACCUGUGAAGAUUGAAGUGAAGCAGGAGGAGAUAAAACAAGAAAACACAACAGAGGAACAUCAAAGUGAUGAUGAUGAUUUUGUUCCUUCAAGGCUGAUGGAAAUGCAAGAGGAAAGUCAAGAGCUGAAUGAAGUGGAGGAGAAACAUCAUGAUUUCACAACUGGAGAAAAAUCUUUAAGUGGCUCAAAGACUAAGAAGAGUUUCUCAAAGAAGCCUCAAAGAAGAGCAGCCAAAAAUACUUUCACCUGCUCUCAGUGUGGAAAAUGUUUCACAUUUAAAAGCCGGCUUAAUAGACACAUGAAAGUUCACACUAGAGAGAAACCUUACACAUGCCAACAUUGUGGAAAAAGUUUCAUAGAUAAAAAACAUCUAAAUGUGCACUCAAGGGUUCACACUGGAGAAAAGCCUUUCACAUGUCAUCAGUGUGGAAAGAGUUUCACACGUAAAGAAAAUCUCGAUGUACACACAAGAAUUCACACUGGAGAACGGCCUUUCACAUGCCAUCAGUGUGGAAAAGGUUUCACAGAUAAAGGAAAUCUUAAAAAGCACACAAGGAUUCAUACUGGAGAGAAGCGUUACACGUGCCAUCUGUGUGGAAAGAGUUUCACACGUAAAGAUUAUCUUAAUAUACACACAAGAAUGCACACCGGAGAGAGCCCUUUCACAUGCCAUCAGUGUGGAAAAGGUUUUACAUGUGCAGCUCAUCUCAAAGAACAUCUCCAACGUCACACUAACGAAAGGCGAUUUAAAUGUGAUCAGUGCGGUAAAACAUUUUUUGCGGAUUCAGACCUAAAACGACAUCUGAAAAUGCAUACAAAAGAGGAGCCUUAAAAGUGUUCUUUUGGUGGAAAGAGUUUUGCACACCUGUUUUGGUUGAAAGUGCUUUGAAUGUUUUGAACACUGCCUGGUCAAAAAAGUCGCGCAUUCUAAUAUUUAGUUGGACCACCUUUAGCUUUGAUUACAGCGUGCAUUCAUCGUGGCAUUGUUUCAACAACCUUAUGCAACGUCACAACACAAGUUCUCGUCGCAUUGUACGUGUAGAAAUGCAUUUUCUUUCACUAUUAAACAUAGCCGUGAGUUUUGUUGUCGAUUUUUUACAAUGUGGCUUUAUCAAGCGUUUUAGUGAUCUCCGAUAACGAUCAUUCAAGAUUUGUUUCCAACCACAUUUCUUCCACGAAGCUGACGGUUCACCACUAUCAUUCCAGGUUUUAAUAAUGCGUUGGACAGUUCUUAACCCAAUUCCAGUGAUUUCAGCAAUCUCCUUAGUUGUUUUCUUUGCUUAAUGCAGGCCAAUAUUUUGCCCCUUCAGAAACAUAGUAAAAUCUUUUCCACGACCACGAGAUGCGUCUUCUGACAUGGUUGUUUAAGAAAUGAGAAGCUACACACUGCAUCAGUUAGGGUUAAAAUUAUUGUUGCCAGUUGAAACACAUUAAUCACUGCAAUAAUGAUCCAAUCAUAGGCUUUUAAGUACUGUGUCUAAUUAUUUAAAUCCAAACAUCAACUUUUUUUUGGCCAGGCAGUUAAAGCUACACUAUGUAAGAUUUUUUUUUUUAGAAAUGAAAAAAAUGUCAUUAAUGAGUGAUUGUUAUGUCAGUUAAUUUUAUGGAAUAAUCUAAAUAAAGUUGAUGUUUACUUUUCUGUUCUAAUUGGUUUUCUUCUAGUUUCCAAAUCAGGAAGAAGUUUUGUGAUUUUUGUAAAAUGUUA